ACAAUCUCUCCCUCUCAGUCUUUCGUUCUCUUUCUUUCUCUCUCUUUCUUAGUGUUGAAUGCUGAUUUAUCCCUCCCCGUACCCUUCGCCGCUCUCCUCUCAUCACCAUAAUCCCUUCUCCAUUCAACUUCAACUACUCUCUACUCAUUCAAGAGAAAAUAACAAGAUUUAUUCAAACUCUACUUUUUAUUUAUUAUUUUCUCAAAGUUUAUCCAAAUUAUCCCUCUCUUAAUUAUUAUUAUUAAUAACAUAUAUUAAUAAUAAAUAAUUAAUCUCCCUCUCCCUUCAUUUUGUUUGUUACAAACAUGUGCUUCUACUUAAUGUUUGUUAACCAUUUCUUGAUCUUUUCCACCCAUGUUCGAUUUGUUUGUUACUAUAAUUAGUAUUAACAAACCAUUAAAACGGAUCAAACAAUUUUUAUUAUAAGUAUAUAUAAUUUGUUUUUGUUUAGUAGUGUUGUUGCAUACUUGCAUAUAGUUGUGUUAAACAACAUAACAACAAAACAUGGAGUACUUCCACAACAAUAUGAGAGAGAUAGAAGGGAAGCUAGCCAAUGAUGAUCUUCGGCUUCCGACAUCGAAAGCCCGUUGCAUACUUGUUUCCGGCCCGGUGAUCGUCGGGGCGGGUCCGUCCGGGUUAGCAGUGGCAGCAUGUUUGAAGGAGAAAGGUGUACCGAGUUUAGUCCUAGAGAGAUCCAAUUGUAUAGCUUCCUUAUGGCAGCUUAAGACGUAUGAUCGCUUAAGGUUACAUCUUCCUAAAAAGUUUUGUGAACUUCCCUUAAUGCCCUUCCCACAAGACUACCCUAUGUACCCUACAAAGAGGCAGUUUAUUGAGUAUUUGGAGGACUACGCUAGGGAAUUCGAUAUCAAUCCGGUUUUUAAUCAGACGGUGGAGAUUGCGGAGUUUGAUCAAACACUAGGGUUUUGGAGGGUCAGGACAACUACAACUUGUACUAGUCCUAGUACUAGUAAAGAAGGAAAAACCGCCGAGGAGACGGUAACAACAACCACCACCGAGUACGUAUGCCGGUGGUUGGUGGUGGCGACCGGGGAGAAUGCCGAGGUGGUGACGCCGGAGUUGGAAGGGUUGAAGGAGUUUGGAGAACAAGUAGUACAUACAAGUUCGUACAAAAGUGGGGAAGUAUUUAGAGGUAAAAGGGUGUUAGUUGUUGGGAGUGGAAAUUCAGGGAUGGAAGUAUGUUUGGACCUUUGUCAUCAUAAUGCUAUGCCUUCGAUUGUGGUCCGAGAUACAGUUCAUCUGUUGCCUAGAGAAAUGUUUGGGAUAUCAACUUUCGGGUUGUCGAUGGGGUUGCUCAAGUGGUUGCCAAUAGCCCUAGUGGACCGGCUCCUAUUAAUAAUCGCGUGGCUAAUAUUUGGCGACACCUCGAAACUAGGUUUAGCUCGACCGAAAACGGGUCCCCUUCAACUCAAGAACUUGACAGGAAAGACGCCGGUGCUAGAUGUUGGAACGUUUGACAAGAUCAAAAGAGGAGACAUUAAGGUAUGUCUUGGGAUUAGACGUUUAAUGCACCAUGCAGUUGAAUUUGUUGAUGGAAGUGUCGAAAAUUUUGAUGCAAUCAUCUUAGCAACUGGAUACAAAAGCAAUGUGCCACAUUGGCUAAAGGAAAGGGAGAUGUUCUCGGAGAAAGAUGGACUUCCACGAAGGCCAUUCCCUAACGGAUGGAAAGGCGAAACAGGAUUGUAUGCGGUAGGGUUUACUAAGCGCGGUUUGUUAGGUGCAUCCAUGGAUGCUAAGAAAAUUGCAGCUGAUAUUGGACAAUAUUGGAAUUCUGAAUCAAGACAUGUUACAACGUUUGAUCGUUCAUAUUGAUUAGCUUUUUAGUGACUCCUUUUUUUUUAAUGUUUUUUUUAGGUAUUAUUAGUCGAUAAUUAAUUAAUGAUGAUGAUGAUAAUAAGUAGAGAAUUUUUGGUAGUACCAAUUGGCACAAACACCUUGGGUACUAAUGAAGUUUCUACCUCCGAUGGUUGGAAAAAAAAAACACACACACACAAAGAAGUGUCAAGCGCGACAAAAAAGAAAAAAAAAAAAAAAGGAAGUGAGUUAACAAGAAUUUCAAUUUUGUGGGGGGUGACUUGUACAUCUUGUACAUUUAAUUUGCUAUUAUUUUUCAGUAAUUAGAUUUUAGGCAAGAAUUGUUAGGAGGACAGGUUUUUAGAGUGUUUUUGGGUUUUUUUUGCAAAUUGUUAUUGUUUUUUUUAAAAGAUUUAUGAUAAUUCCAAAUGGUUUUGGAUGAGAAA